GGCAAGUUGAGCGGCAGAAUUUUCAACUACACGUGCGUUUUGUUUAAUAUUUUGCGAGGAAUAUUUUAUGAAGAUACACUGGGAUUACCCACAGCACUUAUCUGACUUGUACUGGAUAUAAAAGACUGUCAAACACAACCCUACGCAACCCUACGAGACAUUUAACCUGGUUUCUCAUUGCCAAAAGCGAAGUAUUAAAGUCCUGUCUUGCUUGCCCAUGGCUGGAUUAUGAGUUGUGCAGGUUCAGGAUGGUGGAGACCCCCUCAGGCCUGAACAAACCUCCACUCUCUCUUCAACAGUAUGGCCUCAGCUCAAGCGUACUGGGAUCAACACCAUGCCCACGAACCCAUGGAUAAGCUGUUUUUUAGAUUUGGUUCAGAGUCCAUGGAUCACAGCUUGAGAAUGUAUCAACAGAACUCUGCGAACGUGGGCUUUGAAAGAAGGACGUCUGGCUCCUGUUCUCCCCAGCGUCUUUCUCCUAAGACUCCAAAUCCUCCACAGCUGCUGUUUUCCUCUCAAUGCCACCCACCUGCGGGAGACCAGGUGGUUCCGUCUUUACAGAAACUGUCUGUUUAUGAGCACAUGCCCCCAUGUUCACCCAGGAGAACAACCAAGCCCCUUCCUCCCCUCCCGGAUAUAGGCGACUUGUCCUCUGAUGAAGCAGAAGACAACGAGGUUGAGUUUUUCUCCAGCACGUCUGAGAGCCAAUGUCUGGUGCCUAAAACCUCAUCCUUCCAGUAUGGCCUGCCAGGAAGACGCAGUUUUCGGGGAAGUGGUCAGAUAAACUUUGCAUAUUACGAAGGCCUACAGGAACACCAGAAACUAUGCGGGAUGAAGCCUCAGUGGGAGCAGGCGGUAACGGAGAACCAACAACGACCACAACGCCGACUUCAUCGCUCCAAUUCUGGACCUGCUGGAUCCUUUAAAGCUGCCAAUUUCAGAUCGACCAGCCUUCACCAUUCUCCUCCUGCUUACUCGCAGGAAAAACCUGAAAUCCCACCUCGAGUUCCCAUCCGUCCUCGUCUCAGUGAAAGCACAGAUCUCUGGAGAACAUCAACUGAUGACUUUGAUGCAGACAAACCUCCUAAAGUGCCUCCAAGAGAGCCCAUUCCUCAGGUCAUCCCACGUGCUAUUAGUCCCAAAAGUCUCCCGAUUUAUGUCAACGGGGUAAUGCCUCCUACUCAGAGCUUUGCUCCCUAUCCGGAGUACGUCAGUAAGGCUCAACACAAGCAGAUCUGUGAGGGUUUGGCGUCUUCUCGUAGUCCCUGUAUUUUACCCAUUAUUGAAGAUGGGAAGAAAGUGAGCAGUACCCAUUAUUUUCUCCUCCCUCAUCGGCCUGGCUACUUGGACAAGUUUGAGAGGUUUUUCAGAGAGUCCGACUCCUAGUGUUUUAAAGUCAGAAGUUGUUUGCUUGAGAAAAAAAAGGAAGGCCGGAUAUAAAGUGGUGUUGUUUGACUGAACUGAUUCUUCAGUGUUAUGAAUUACUGUUGUGUUUAGGGAAUGGACAUGAUGUCCUCAGAGAAGAACUGGUUACCGCUGCUUACAUAUGGAGAGUUACUCUGCUAAAAGUGUCCUUUGUUUGUUAGGGCUGCAUGAUUGAUCGAAAUGAAACAAAAAUUGUGAAUAUAAAACCUCCGCAAGAGAAGCUUUAAGGUCUCUCUUGCAGUUUUUCACCUUAAAAGCUAGGUGGUUUAAUAUUUGAAAAUAAAAACUGCCAUGAAUUCAGAGGUGUAAAAAAAUAUAUAUUUUAUUUGACAUAGAAAUAUUACAAUAUAGUAUUCCAUUUCUAGAUUAUUAUUAUUAUUAUUAUUAUUAUUAUCUAUUAUCUUUAUAUGUUUUAUGUAAUCGUUUUGAUAAGCAUAAUAAAUCUGGAACAUUAUUUCAAAUUGCUUAAUCACAAUCAACAAUUUUAUCUGGAAAAUUACAAUUAUGUUUAACCCCCCAAAUCGUGUCACCCUAUUUAUUGGUGUAUGUUUUUGUUGUUGUACUUUUUCCAUGCUGUAUGUUAAAUUAAGAGUGUGCAGUAUCCUUUUAUGAAGGAAAAAGAUGAACUGUUACACUGUUAACACUGUGUAACCUGAGUAUAAGCUGGUCUUAUUAUUUUCCCCCUCUCUGUAGUAUGGAAUGCUAUAUUGCGCAACAUGCAUCAACAGUAUGAAUUUAGAAAUUGCUGAAAAAUGAAAACAGUCAAGUAUUAGCAGUAAUGCUCAUCUGAAUUUUGAAUAAUUUAAAGAGCUUUUUGGAUGUUUUUAUAAGCCAGGUCCUGAACAAUGCCACCAGUGAAAAGUGUGGUGAUCAAAAUGAGUUGUAAAGGUACGAUUGGCAACAAAUGGAAAGGACUGGGCAUAGGGGUUAGUAUUUAAGUCUCAUUGUGAGCAUUAAUCGAAGCGUUUCAUCCUGUUUCUUUCUUUACUGGCCACUUAGAUGAAAUACAAACCUAUCUGUUUGUUUCUUUAAAGAUUGGCACUUGCAGUUUCAUUUUGCUAACGUCUGUUACAAGGGCAGAAAUGCCACUGCCUUGCCAUUUAGUGUCAAAAUGCUGGACACUGGGUGCAAUUCAGCUGUUGGUGAAUGAUAUUUUGCUUUCUUUUUAAAUCGUUUACUAUGAAGUUGCUUCACUGAAAUAUUUACUACAACGGAAAGUCAUAAAUGGAAGCCCAUGAUUGGUUGGUCCUGCCCUUGUGUUUCUUAUUUUUGUUACUUUAAGUUGAGAGUUAUUUUUAUUUUAUUUUUUUUUUAUCUUGACAUUAUCAGACCAGUAGUUGUUUACAUUUUGAGCUACUUUUGUUUUUGUUCAUCCAACGAAAUGACCUGUUUUCUGUGUGAAGGCUAAUGUUAACUGACUUUGUUUCAUCUGCUGAGGAAACAUGCACUUCUAAAAUGUACAGUAUUGGUGUAGUUUUUCACACCAGACUAUUUAAAUAAAGUAACUUAUUUGUAUGAA